AAAAAGAGAAACUGUUUACCGUGUAAAUACAUGUAUGUACACUGCAUGCAGUGGUAGAACUAAGCAAUGAAAGAGAACAGAAGCAUAACAGCAGAGACUGUCCACUCAUACGAAGAUCUAGUAACAGUCAGUCAACAGAAACAGUAAAACCAAUUGGAAACACAAGUACUGAAUCAUCUCUGCCUCCUCAGUACCAAAAAUACGCCACUGACCUACAAGCCACGCGUCUAGCCGUCAUUAAACAUUGUAUUACCACCGCCUGUGGGUGUGCAGGAGACCAAAGAGCAAACGCACUUCCUUUAAAACCCAUCUCUCUAUUUCCAUUCGCAUUCCUCCAAAAUCAUUACUCGCUUCCUCUCUUUGCCUCCUCCAAAUUCCUUCUCUUCUUCGAAAAGACACCCAAAAUCGAAAUGCCAACUGAAUCAACUCCAGGCCAAAACAACACCAACCCAGUCUCACACUCGCACCCACCGCCAAAACUGGCUGAGCCACUCCCGUGCCCAAGGUGUGAUUCUAACAACACAAAAUUUUGCUACUACAAUAACUACAACCUUUCUCAGCCACGCCAUUUCUGCAAGGCAUGUAGACGUUACUGGACCCAUGGUGGCACUCUUCGUAACGUACCUAUUGGCGGUGGAACCCGCAAGAACUCGAAACGUUCUCGCUCUUAUUCUUCUUCGAUCACCACCUCCACCACUACUACUUCAGCUUCUGCUUUGUCAUCUUUGAAUACUCCAGAUCAGCCCGAUCAAUCUUUGCCUGUCCUUGCUAUUCCUGAGUCUGUUUUGACAGCCAAAAGUGAGAACUUGUCAGAUAAUUGGAAUCUAAACGAUGAGAAAGUUAAUCUUGUGAGCCAAAACGGAAACUUUAUCUCGCUGUUGAGCUCUCAGCAGGGACAAGGGUUCAUGGGGAUGGUUGGUUACGGGCCAGGUUUUGGAUAUGGGUUUUGUGAUACGGGAAGAGAGAAUUGGGUUUAUCCAGGCAUGGCCUAUGUUAAUGGAGGUGAUGCUGUAGAGGAUGGUACUUCUUCAGGGUGCAACACAUGGCAGCAAGUGGAGGUGGGUGAUGCUGGUGGUGGGUUAGUUGAUGGAGAAAAUAACUGCCUUUCUUGGCCUGGUCUUGCAAUUUCCACACCAGGAAAAGGUUUCAAGUGAAGAAUUGGCUUUUAGCCAUUUUAAAAUUUUUUGUUUUAAAAAGGGGCUUUCUUGUAACGUUUUCUUUCUCUUUUUCGGAUCAUGUCCUGCUGUUAGAAUUUCCUUUUUUUUUUUUCUCUUUCUUUUUUCUGGUUAAAUUUUUGCAGGCAAGGUACGUGCUACUGAAAUAGGUUUCUCAAAUGUCCUGUUUCCUUUUGGUUUUUAUAGAUAGGGAUAUGGUAUAGGAUAUGACUUUGGAUAAAAAGGUGGUCCUUUUAUUUAUUAGGGGUAUGUUUCAAUGGUGGUUCUGUAAAGCUUUUUGGGUCUUUCUUGAUGAACACAUCUAUGGAAGAAAAUAGAAAGAAAAAGAAAAUCUUUGUUUUU